GUUUACGUUUUGUUUUAGUGGAAGGAGAACACGGAUACGAUGUGGUUUGUAUUGUGCUUGUUGCUCGCUGUUUGUGUUACAAAGGGCGCCGGGGCCCGCGCGCACUACAGUAACAUCUCGCACGCGUUCACAACGCCGGCUGACGAGAUCGGACCUAUGCUGCCUGAUGACGGCAUGCAGGCAUCCACCGUGGUCGCCGGCCUCAUGCCCGACUCCUUCGCCGAGAUGUUCAACUUCCUCGACGGUGACAGCUUCGGCAUCGGGCCCAUGCACGAGUUCGUGUACGGCUGGCAGGCGAUCGCCAACACGAUGAGCAUGAAGAACAACGUGGAGGUGCGCAAGCGCGCCGGCCUGCAGCGGUUCGCGCUGGCCGGCAUCAACGGCAUCACGCUCGUGUCGCACGGCGGCGCCACGGAGAUCAUGAUCAACGGCACGCGCAGCUACUGCUUCGGCGGCGUGGCGCGCCCGCCCGGCCGCCGCAGCGUCAUCUGCAAGGGCGCCAUGUACCAGGAGGGCCGCUUCUCCUGCAAGGUCCCCUACCUCCGCUACCCGACUGUUCUGGGCUACCGAUACUGUAUCGACCGGUAUGCUUCCGUCGCCACUCUUGACGGAACCUACAAGACCACGUACUGUUCCCGAGGGGAAUCGAUCCCGAAGUUCCACUACGACUACAUCUGCGAGCGCAGAGACGUGAAGAUCAAGCGCGUCAACCUCACCGACCCCAACGAGCGGUUCAAUAUCCGCAACCCGAUCGUGCGCCGCGCCGAGUACUACCGCGCGCCCUACGACAUCCUCAAGGCGUGUCCCGAUUGGUACGGCUGCAACCUGCGCAUCUCGCCGGACUUCAUGCACCAACCGCUCCCCGCCCUGUUGGACGUCAAUGAGACGGCAUUCGUCGGCCACGGCGGCAAGUACUGGCUAGCGCUCUACUACACCCAGCUUUCGACGUACGCUAUCUACUUUCAAGCGCACAGCGAAUACCCAUGGCAAUCCAACAGGCCGAUCGUGUCCGUCGAUAAGGGUGGUAUUUGGGAGCAACUUCUAAAAGCGAAUAUCGGUCCAGACAUGAAUUUGCACUACAACUUGAACGGCAUAUACAAUAGAUACCCCGGCGGAGUCGUCAUGCCCGACUUGAUGAGGAAUGAUGGACAGGUUCAACCAUCGAACUUCAGGACCGAGGUGCGCGACGGAGCCGCUGAGGACAUCGCUAUCGGCAACGCGCAUGCGGGUGCGGACUCUCCAGGCGGUGAGGUGAACGCGGGCGGCUAUAAGUUCAUACACGACUCACAAAUACAAGCCAAUUUCGAGCAUGGGAAGAAUUUGUCAUAAAUACGUGCAAAUUAAGUAAUUAAAAAUAUAAUUUACCUAC